AUGUCCCCGGAGCCGUCGAAUUUGACGGCUCAGGACGAUCUUGAGGCGCGCUCCUCUCUCGACUCCCACCCCCGUGAAUCUCGCCCCGAUAGGAGAGAAGAGAAGAAGGAGGAGAAGGAGAAGGCCAAGGACAGGGAUCCCGAUCGGAAGGAGGACAAGGAGAAUCAUCCCGACAAGGAACCCAAACGCGGUCACCGUCGUCCCCGGGACAAAUCCGCCGCCACCUCCACCUCCACCUCCGCCAACAACCCGGCCGCGUCCUCCCAUUCUCGCAAAAAACCCAAGUUGGAGGAGGAGGCCGUCGUCGACUACGUCCGCAGUCCGCCGCGUCCCCUUCCGUCCGCCAGCCCGGCGCCCCCCGGUCCCGGCGCGCCCCGUCCCUACCUCCCCACCACCUACGUCCGCCCCUGCUAUCCUCCUCCUCCCUCCCCUUGGCGUCGUAUCCCGCGCCCUCCUAUCCGACCACCAUGGCGCCCGCCGGGCCCCCCCAACCGCCGCCCCCGCGCGCCCACACUCCCAACCCGCGCCGCCGCCACCCCCUCGCACCAGCGGUCAGAACUUUGA